GCCAUUUUCCGUCUAGCCAUUCUGGUAGCUUGUAUCGCCUAUCCCAGUUAAAUUUAGCCCCAUUAUUCGUUUCACCGAGCCGAUCGCAGCGCCUGGAGGAAAGUUCCCGUGCACGGCUCUUUUCCUUCACGCUCUGCUUGUCGAUUCGUUGCGGCUGAGCGACUUGAGGGAACUGUUGAUUGAACUAGGCGAUUCAAGUCGCUCUGAUUGAACUAGGCGAUUUCUUUCCUUAGUCGAAUCUGACGAGGAGGAGCACGCGACGCGAGGUGUCUAGGUGCGGUCAGCGCGCGGGGAAGAGGAACACGCGGCCAUGCAGCACGAUGACGUCAUCUGGGGUCUCGUUGGGAAAGGCCCUUGCAGUUACCGAGUCAAGCAGCAGACGGACACGUUCUGCAGACACCCCUUCAACCUGAACGCCAUCUGCAAACGUGGCGUGUGCCCAUUGGCCAACAGCCGCUACGCCACAGUGCGAGAACACGAUGGCGAGCUGUACCUCUACAUGAAGACCAUUGAGAGGGCGCACAUGCCCAAUAAGCUCUGGGAGCGAGUGAAGCUUCCGAGAAACUACACCAAAGCUCUGGAAGCAGUGGAUAAAUUUCUGCAAUGGUGGCCGCCUCGCAUGGUGUCGCUGGUGAAGCUUCGACUCACUCGCCUGACUCAGUACCUCAUUCGCAUGCGACGACUGGCUGUCAAAAUACAGCCCAAGCUCGUGACGAUGCCGACAAAGAUGCGGAAGAGGGACGAGAAGAGGGAGGCGAAAGCAGAGACAGCUGCUAAGAUCGACAGGGCCAUUGAGAAGGAGCUUCUGCAGCGGCUACAGAGCGGAACGUACGGCGAGCUUUAUAACUUCCCACUGAAGCAGUUCCAAAAGAGGAUAGAGGAGGAGGAGAAGGAGCAGGAGCAGGAUGGGCCGGUAAAGAAAAGAGUGAAGGUGGUUGGAGGGGAGGAGGGGGUGGAGGACAGAGAAUUGGAGGGAGAGGAGGAAGAAGAGGAGGAUGAGGAGGAGGAGGAAGAAGAGGAGGAGGAGGAUUAUGAGCCUCAAGUGGAGUUUGUAGAAGGGUAUGAUUUGGAGGAGGAAGAUGAGGAAGAGAUAGAGGAUAUGGGGGAUAGACUAGCGUUGCCUGGGCGUGGGAAGGGGGGAGAGGAGGAAUAUGGGGAGGAGGAUGAGGAGGAAGAAGAAGAGGAGGAAGAGGAGGAGGAAGAGGAGGAAGAGGAGGAUGAAGAGGAGGAUGAAGAGGAGGAUGAUGAGGAGGAGGAUGAGGAGGCAGAGGAGGAAGCAGAGAUGGAGUUUGAGAGGAGUGUGCAGGCGAGAUGGGGGAAGCAGCAGGCAGCAGGGGGUGCUGGGGCGGGGGCAAGAAAGGGUGCUGCUGCGGCUGCUGCUGGUGCUGCUGGUGCUGCUGGUGCUAGAGGGAAGGGUGCUGCUGCUGGGAAAGCGGGCAGGAGAAGACAUAUCGAGCUCGAGUAUGAGGAGGAACGGGAGCAAGCGCAUGCGUACUUCUGAGUCGACUCAAAAGGAAGAGCCGGACGGGAGCAAGCGCAUGCAUACUCUUGUGGUUGGCCUCUGUUUUGUCCCUAGGAAAAGAGCCGAGGCACUUGCUUCUGGCUGUGGGGUGGUUAGGGGAUGAUAAAAUAUCAAGAUGCAAAGACCUCAGAUAAUUGGAAUUAGUAUUGGACAAAUAAGAGUUCUGCACCACA